AUGGACGCGCGGAAUCUGGCCACUGUAAUCGCGCCAAACCUGUUCAGAUCCAGCAGCACGAAUGCCAGCGAGAUGCUCAAUUCUGUCCAAUCACAGACCGCCUUUGUACGUCUGCUCAUCGCCUACCUGGACGUUGACGCGGAGGCUGAUCUGCUCAACGCAGAACCCGACGCCGACCCCGUGCGCCCUCGAUUUCGAUCUCCGCCACGCGCCCGCAUAAAUGCUGACGGUAUUCUGAUUCCCUUUCGAUGA